UCGAUAUGACGAAAUAAACGUUGAUUAAUAACUCUCUCUCUCUCUCUCUUUGUUACUCUGACAAAAACAAACUUGUAACCAGAAACACGGAAAGAAAAGCGGCACUAAAAACAAGCGCAGCUUUACUGAACCCGAAUAGAGCAGACGACGCGGGAGGCUUCCAGCGCUUUCUAUAUCGAGCCAACCAAUGGACGCGCUCCCAGAUUUACGUCACGGCGAUAAUCGCUGCUGAUUCGCCAAAGGAGACCUCGGUCUCUCUGGAAGCUUCUGGAAUGACGAGGGAGUCGUACAUAAGGCGGAUCGCGGGCUCGCAGCCGCAAUCAUUUCGCAGCUGAUACAAAGAGCGCGAAUUUCAAAUUGUGGCAUCAACUGCCAAGCGAAGCAAACUACGCAACCAUGCCAUCCCGAACGAAGAGCGGAGCGCCGGCCAUCGGCAUCGACUUGGGCACAACGUACUCCUGUGUCGGUGUGUUCCAGCACGGUCGUGUCGAGAUCAUCGCCAACGACCAGGGAAACCGAACGACGCCGAGUUACGUUGCCUUUACCGACACCGAGCGACUCAUUGGAGACGCAGCCAAGGCCCAGACUGCGCUGAACCCGGAGAACACAGUGUUCGAUGCCAAGAGGCUCAUUGGACGAAAGUUCGAUGAUCCCAAGAUCCAGGGUGAUCUCAAGCACUGGCCCUUCAAGGUGGAGAACGACGCUGGCAAGCCCAAGAUCAGCGUGGAGUUCAAAGGAGAGCGGAAGAAAUUCAACCCGGAGGAGAUCAGCGCCAUGGUGCUGACCAAGAUGAAGGAGACUGCGGAGGCCUUCCUGGGUCAGAAGGUCAGCGACGCUGUGGUCACGGUGCCUGCUUACUUCAACGAUUCUCAGAGGCAGGCUACGAAAGACGCCGGAGUUAUCGCUGGCCUCAAUGUGCUGCGGAUCAUCAACGAGCCCACCGCAGCAGCACUGGCCUACGGACUCGACAAGAACCUCAAGGGAGAGAAGAACGUCCUCAUCUUCGAUCUCGGAGGAGGGACUUUCGACGUGUCCGUGCUAACCAUCGACGAAGGCUCCAUGUUCGAAGUCCGAUCAACCGCCGGAGACACACAUUUGGGAGGUGAAGACUUCGACAACCGGCUUGUGACCUACUUCUGCGAAGAGUUCAAGCGCAAACACCGCAAGGACCUCAGAUGCAACGCCCGUGCAGUCCGGAGACUGAGAACAGCCUGCGAGCGAGCCAAGAGGACUCUUUCCAGCUCUGCCGAAGCAAGCAUCGAGAUCGACGCUCUGUUUGAAGGCGUGGACUUCUACAGCAAGAUCACCAGAGCUCGCUUCGAAGAGCUAUGCAUGGACCUGUUCCGAAGCACCCUGGAGCCGGUGGAACGUGCUCUGCAGGACGCAAAGAUGGACAAAUCCAAGAUUCACGACGUCGUCCUUGUUGGUGGCUCGACGCGUAUUCCGAAAGUGCAGAAGUUGCUGAGAGACUUCUUCAACGGAAAGGAGCUUUCGAUGGGCAUCAACCCGGACGAGGCGGUGGCCUACGGCGCCGCAGUGCAGGCUGCCGUUCUCAGUGGAGACGCUAGCGAGGCCAUUCGAGACGUGCUCCUCGUAGACGUCGCGCCCUUGUCACUGGGCAUCGAGACCGCUGGAGGCGUCAUGACCAAAAUCGUAGAACGUAACUCCCGCAUCCCCUGCAAGACGUCGCAGACGUUCACGACGUACGCGGACAACCAGCCGGCCGUUACCAUUCAGGUGUUCGAGGGUGAACGCGCUAUGACCAGGGACAACCAUCUGCUGGGAACGUUCAACCUGAGUGGCAUACCCCCUGCACCGCGGGGUGUACCCAAAAUCGAAGUGACCUUCGACAUGGACGCCAAUGGCAUCCUGCAUGUCUCGGCCAAGGACCAGAGCACGGGUCGGCAAGAGAGCAUUCGCAUCAGCAACGACAAGGGCCGUCUGUCCAGGGAGGACAUCGACCGUAUGCUGGCCGAUGCGGAGAAGUACAAGCGCGAAGACGAACUCCAGAGUGAAAAGGUGACCGCCCGGAACGGACUGGAGUCUUACGUGUACGGCGUCAAGCAGGCCGCAGAGGAGGCGGGAGACAGACUCUCUCCUUCCGACAAGCAGAGUGUCCUGGACAAGUGCAAGGACACCAUAUCCUGGAUCGACUCCAACACUCUGGCUGAGAAGGAGGAGUACGAGCACAGACUGAAGGAGCUGCAGCAGCACUGUUCACCCAUCAUGAGCAAGCUGCAUCAGGGCACGAAGCAGAGUGCGCCCAGUCAUGGAGGACCCACGAUUGAAGAAGUGGAUUGAAUGCCCCGUGUAUGUCCUAGGUCUCUUCCAAUGAACAAAUGUCUUGUAUAUAUGUAUAUAAUUUUGUACAGUUAGAUAUUUAAUAAAUUGAACUUUGAGAAUCUUU